CCACAACUGGCUCUCCCUCGUCCGCCCCCCGUCUCCGCCGACCGCCGCUGCGGCGAGCAGCCAGCGAGCGACGCCACACGCGCGGAGCGCAACGCACAUGCUGCUGGGCUUUCUCCGCCGCACCGCCGCGGCCGCGUCAUCCUCGCCGGCUGCGGGCCUCCGACGUGUGCCCCCGGUUUUCCAUUCCUCUGAGCCUGAGCGUGUGGUGCUGUUCGCGAUUCAUGCCGCUCGUUCCGCGACGCAACUAAUUUGGUUGGCCGCCGGCGGUCGCUGUCCACGCCGGCGAGACGCCUAGCUUGGCCGCCGCCAUCCAGGCUAUGAAUGCAAGGGCGCAUGCGCAUUUACCACGCCGUCGAUCAGUCAGAUCGAACCGAUGGAACGGGAGGACACGGCGACUUGCGUGCCGGCUGCUUCGGGCUGUCCGACUCCCUCUCCUCACGGCUCACGCGGACGCCGCCUCCGCCGGCUCCUCACGGGGACGCCGACGCCGCCUCCGCCUCCGCCCCCGCCCCGACCGUCCUGGCCCCCGACUCCUCUCCAGCUCUCCUCACGCGCCGGUCGCCUGGUACGCCGUCCCCGGCCGCCGCCUGGUCCGCCGUGGCGCCAUCCGCGGCCCCCGCCUCUGCCUGCCGCCGGCCAGGAGGCAGCCGCUUCCGCCUGCCGGCUGCGGGCUGCCGCAGUGCCACCGGCGCCGGCCCGCACCCACCCCCAGACCCAGUGGAGGCUUCCCACCAGUGCGCGCACAGCACCGCCGCAGCCAAGCCGAGCCGAGCUCCUCUCUUCCGCCCCUCCCGUACACAGGGCGCACUCAGGGUGUUCGGUGAAUUGCCUCCAAGGCAAUUUUUCUUCGUUUUUCGACGACUCCUUCUAUGCAGUGGUCUGCCACGCGGGACUUUGCGCAUGCGCACCACGUGGCGUUCUUCGAUGUCAUGGCCACCGAGCUUCCCGGUGACUACGCGCUGUAGGAGGUCAACCACCUCACCCUCGGUUACUUCUCUGUAGGCGGCCUCUCGCUCCUUCGGGAGCUCAACUGGGUAAGAUCCCGCCGCCAGCUCCGCUGCGACACCAUCUUCUAUCGAUCCGCUUCAAGAAUUACAUGGAAGUUUAGAUGUUUGGAAUUUUAUUCUUCCAGUGAUUUGUGAUGUUUUGGAUGCGCCUGCGUGCUGCGUUCUUCCAGUGAUUUUAUUCUUCCAGUGAUGAUCUUGAUUACAGUUGGCAGGGGCAUCCUGCGGUUGUUUUGGUCGCAGUUAGUGUAACUUAUUUGCAAAAUAGCAUAGAUCUAGGCAGCAACAUAUCUCUGCAUUUGGAAAUCGAGUUGCUAUAUAGUAACAUUCUCCUCCUGAACAUACAAUUUUCUUGGAAAGAAGCUUUUAGAUGGUAGGCUGUUUUUUACUAUAUAAUAGAUGGUAGGCUGGUUAGGAAGGCAGCACCUAGUACAAGGAGGUAGAAGAGGAACAUCCAAAGCUUGUGACAGAAAGAAAGUUGAAAUAACUGUAGCUCUCUGUAAUCCCAUUAAAUUGGGACAAUGAGUACAAUUGAAUUGUAUUAAAUAAAUUAGUUGAAGAAUUCAUACUGGUAAGCACAAGUAGUAUUCAUAAUGAUAAAUCCUGGAGGUGACAAGUGUGAAGUUAGUGAUAAAUGCAGGUGGUUGCAAGUAUGGAGGUAGCAGAAUACCACUUAGAUGGACGGAUGGAUGACCGGGUGUACUUUUCGAUGUUUCUGAAGGCUUCGAUGAGUGACACUAACAUCUGACCUGUUAAGUUAAUUAGUCUAUUCUAGGUAUUUAUGUCCUUUCAGGUGACUGAGACUGGGAGAUACUAUACAACUCUUCUUGACAUGUCAUGCCUAUAUUCACCAUGAUUUGUUUCAUGGGAAAUACAUGUACACUUGUACAGCAUUUCUGUCUAAAGGAAUUGAUGCUGUAGCAGCAAAGUGGCACAAUAUUGUACUCUAAAUUUUCUGUCUUCUAGGUAGCAUUCAGUAGCCUAAGCAGUUGGGUGCUGCUUAGAUGCUUACCUGACUAAGUUUAUCCUAGUCAAUUGUGAUAGCUUAUUAUGUGAACUUUGUGAAGUAUGCCUCAGAUUUGGCAUAGUCUGCUGAAGGAGUAAAAUGUACCUGUACAGUCACAAAAGUUCCCGGUACGAAGGUACGCGGAAUGGGGUACGUGGAAUGUGGAUCGACAAUUUUAAGAUCCCGGUUCUUCAGGGGGUAUACCUCUUCGGGAUGAUUGGUACGUUGAAGGGAACGUGAUCCCUGAGUAAUUGGGACGAUGUACGUGGAACAUAGCUAUGAAAAGAGAGGACCCUUGCCACAAUGGCAGUCAUCUUGCAAGCACUUAUUCUGCCCUUGCUAUCCUGAAGAUGGCUACGAUCUAGCAAAUAUUGAUAGCAAGUCACUUUUAUUGUCUAUGAAAAAGCUCCAACAACCAGAUGGAAGCCAAUUCAGGACCCCGGUCACAGUCACCCUCGGUGUUUUCUUCCUCUCUGCGGCUCCGGGCGUUUUGUUCCUCUCAGCGGCUCCGGAGAUGGCGGGCGUCGGCUCGGCGGUGCGGCGGAUCUACCUGGCUGUCUACAAUUGGAUAGUCUUCGCCGGAUGGGCGCAGGUGCUGUACUACACGAUUUUGGCGCUGUGGGAGAGCGGCCAUGAGGAUGUCUACGGCGCUGUCGAGCGGCCGCUGCAAUUUGCGCAGACAGCUGCCAUCAUGGAGAUUCUACAUGGACUUGUAGGUCUUGUGAGGUCUCCAGUCUCUGCAACUCUUCCUCAAAUUGGAUCAAGGUUGUUCCUUACAUGGGGCAUCUUGUGGAGUUUUCCCGAGACUCGCUCUAAUAUUCUUGUUACUUCAUUAGUCAUAAGUUGGUCCAUCACUGAGAUCAUUAGAUACUCUUUCUUUGGUAUGAAGGAGAUAUUUGGUUUCGCACCUUCAUGGCUAUUGUGGCUAAGGUAUAGCACUUUUAUGGUAUUAUACCCUACUGGUAUCUCGAGCGAGGUUGGUCUAAUUUUUGCUGCUCUACCUCAUAUGAUGGCAUCUCAGAGAUAUUGUCUAAGGUUGCCAAACAAAUGGAAUUUCUCUUACGAUUACUCAUAUACAUCUAUUCUUGCUCUCGCGGUUUACAUUCCAGGAAGUCCGCAUAUGUUUAAAUAUAUGCUUUCCCAGUGUAAGAAGGCAUUGUCAAAGUCAAAAACCGUGUAAUGUUGCUCAAUGGCCUUUUAGAAUAGCACAUGUGUCUUCUCUCGAAGCGCCCCAUGUAACCCUUCCCUUCUUAGCUUGUUCCUUUUUGCUAUUAAUAUUCUAGGCAAUUAGGGUCUUACAAGAAGGUGCAUUGUUUCACUUCGGUUGCAGGAAGUCCACACAUGUUCACCUACAUGCUCUCUCAGCGCAAGAAAGCUCUAUCGAAGGCUAAAACUGCGUAAUGCUGCUAGGUGCUUCGUAAUAGAAUGCAUUGUGUGAUGUCUCAAUGUGCCUCAACUCUUCCAGUAGAAGUUAGCGGCUGGGGAUUGUUAGAAUAGAACUCUUCUCAUGAACUGUUCGAUCAAUACAUGUUGUACCAAGGAAUGUAUCAGGUGUUGCAUGUCCGAACUAUUGUUGUUUCAAAAUUGCCCAUAUAUAAUUCACGGGGUGAAUUUCCAUGUCGAUUUGAUGCCU